UUUGGGUUCGUAAAUAUUAGAAAAAGACACAACAUAAAGUAUUUUCUGUUCGUUGUUUAUUGUUUGUUUAGCUGCUUUUGGUCUCUCUGUGUGUGUAGCUACAACGGCACUCUGAACGUGUGAGUGUGAAAACAUCUGUCUGAGGUCAUCAAAUAGCUGCAGCUCUCACACCUGCACUUGUUUUCAUUCAACAAACACAUUUUGUACAGUUUGUAUCGUUUAGGUUUUAUUUGAGGGUUUAUUAUAACUUACAAAAACAAAUAACAAUAAAAAAAACAGCAGUAAACAUCAGCAGUUUGCAUCUGGAGGCAGCUGCUGGAGUGUUCCUGAGCAAGACUUCUUUUCUGGGGAGCAACUUCACAAUGUGUUUAUUAGCUUUAAUGUCUUUAUAACGUGUUCCUUAUGACUCUGAAUACACUUAAAAUAUAAAAUAAAAAUAAAACCCUAAACUGUAUGUGUUUAACAAGAUUUAAAGAUGGUGAUGGAUUUAAAGUGGGUGUCCACGACAGUUAUUUCUUUUGCACAGCGCGCUGACUUCCGCUUUUGAUGCUGUAACGCACAUACCUAGUGCGAAAUCCGAUUACUCGAUUAAUCGCCAGAAUAAUCGAUAGAAUACUUGAUUACUAAAAUCGAUAGCUGCAGCUCUAAUGGAGAAACUCCUCCUACUCGGCCUGGAUACCGCCAGUGUCUCUGGGUCCUGGACUUCCUGACCGAGAGACUCCAAUCCGUCUGGUUCGGAAAGAACUUUUCCAGCACCAUCACGCUGAGCACUGGAUCUCUUCAAGGCUGUGUACUCAGUCCACUGUUCUUUACAUUGCUAACACAUGUUAGCAAUCUAACUGUGCACAAGAGGGGUCCAGAUCAUAAAGUUCACCAAAAGACAUCACAGUGGUGGGACUCAUUCAGGGGAAUGAGGAAUCAAUGUACAGGGUUGAAGUGAAACACCUAGAGGGCUGGUGCAGAGAGAACAAGCUGCUGCUCAACGUGGACAAAACCAAGGAGAUUAUUGACUUCUGGAGUUCACGACAUGAGCAUGCUCCCCUCAGCAUCAGCGGCUGUACAGUGGCAAGAGUGGAGAACGUCAGAUUCCUUGGAGUGCAGAUCUCACAGGACCUGAGCUGGAAUAAGAACACCUCAGCAGGCAAACUGAUGCUGAUAAAAUCUGAUGGACAGAUGAACGGCAGUGUGAAUCAGGCUGAUGACACCAAGGACCAAGUGGCCAUCUGCCUCCAGCAUGACUCCUCAGACAGAAACCCCAGCAGCGACUGGUCAGAUCUGCACCACAGCCUUGUCACGAACUCAACCUCCCACAAUGUCGAGCUGCAAGACAUGACAUAUCCUACUGCCUUCUUUACAGCACCAGGAACCUCCAGAGCCCUCAGCCAGCGGCUCCACUCGUCCAGCAGCGAGGCGGAGGACGGCGGCCACCACUCAGCUCGGCACGACUCGAUGGACCUGUCAAGACUGAAACACCAGCAGAGGACGGAGGCCCUGGAUCAUCAGCAGCAGCAGAUGAAGAUCAUGGAGUGGGAGAACCGGAUGAAGGUUUUGGCCUGGGAGCAGGAGCUGGUGAGGGAGAAGAGGAGGGCAGCCCAGCAGAAGAAGAAGGCCUUCAGGAUGAAGAAGGCUUACUACAAGGCCAAGCUCAAGAGGAUGGGCGAGGAGGUGCAGCUUUCCUCCUCCAGCAGCAGCGAUGAGGAAGAGAAAACAUCAGAUCUGACAGGUUGAUCAGCUGUAUUUGGACAUUUAAUCUCUCAUUCUUGUAUUAUUUCGCCAAUAUUCCAUGGAGCUGUCACUGUUUUUAUACACUUUUAUCACUGUUGAGGGAAAAAAAUUACUUUUCCUCUUUUUGGUUCUGUUGAUAGAGAUUGCUGUAGUGAAAAGUAAAUGAUAAACUGAAGUAUUUUUUAUUCAAAAGCAGAAGUAAGAUUAUUUGGGUUACAGAAGUGCUGCUUUUCUGUUGAAGUCAACUUUCUCACAGAUGGCCUUACAAGAGAAUUAUUGUUCCUAAUUUUACAGGAAAAGCUUUAAAUGGACAGGAGAAUGCUUUGAAAUAUGAACAAUUUACACCGCUUGAAGAGAUGAACUGUGUGAAACAGCGGAGAUCAAUAUCAUGACUAUCAUUUGCCAUUUGUCAGCAUGGCUUUGAUAUUCAGAAUUACAUGACAUUCAUUGAUUUUUAAGACGACAGUUUCUCUGAAGAUCUCUGGGAGCGUAUUAUAGGAGAAUGGUAUUUUAACGAACGUACUGAGUUUACGUAUAAUCACGAUAGAUUCUUAAAUGGUGUUUAACAGUUACUUUUGUAGCGCAGCAAUGAACCUCAACAUUAAAACCACCUCCCUGGUAUUGUGUAGGUUGUCAACACAAACUUCUGGAAGUGUCCUGUGGUUUCUGGCACCAGGUCGUUGACAGCAAAUCUUUUUCGAGCACAUCCCAUGAAUGCUCAUAAAAACUGGGAUCUGUGCAGUUUGAAUCCCAGGGCAGCACCCUGAACUUUUAAUCCCAAGCUGUCAAAGUCUAAUCAAUACCAAAGGUUCCCAGCAGAACAUGGCAUAUUAAUGAGAUUCAUGAAAAUUUAAUUUUAAAUUAAAAAUGCUACACCAGAAAUGCACAAAAACCAUAGUGCAUCUGUGUCCUCAUACUUUUGGCCUCAUGUAAAUGAAGUGCAGAUCCUGUUUGAAAUGUAGUUCAACAAAUGGAAAAUGGAGCGUAAUGGUUCCAUAUAAUAUCAAUCAAAUCUAAAAUAAAGUUUCCACCUGAUCCUCUUAGAAUGAGAUGAUGCUAUAAAUAUUUUCUGAGUUACAGGUCGUGAAAGUAUAUAGCAGCAGGUUUAAAUUUUUGUAACUGGCUUUUUCCAGUUUUUUUGAGUGUUCAUAACGUCAUAAGUGACGUGAAAUUUGAGUUCUGUUAAAAUUUGCAACCAAUCAGUUGUACAUCUGCUCCAGGUGUUCCGUUUAAAGCCAAAAAUUGUUUGGAGCAGUUUUUUUUCUAUAGCCAAAAUUUUGCAUCAGUAUGAAGCUGAACAGCGAUAAAAACAAGUAUUGAUACCCUGUAAUGUGUUAUAUGCUUUCUGACAGUGAAUGUAGAACGCUUCAAAAGGUGAAUUAAAUUUGUAUUUUUACCUAAA